UUGUACUCUGGGAUUUUUUAGUUCGAACUAUUAUGUUCCGUUCAUGCUGAUUAUAGAGAUUUUUUAUUUGAUAUACAAUAAAGAUAAAUAUAUUUUCAUGCGAGCGGUCACUGAAUGACUCCGACAGUCAUUUUAAACCGGUUUGAUAGAGUUACGUACUCAGCACAGCUGACUUGAGACUCGACUGUUUUUGUAUUUGUGUCAGGACUGUUUAUUUCAGAUCAUCACUCCAGCAUGACUUCAGCUUCUACAAAGGUGGGCGAGAUCUUCUCGGCUGCAGGCGCUGCUUUUUCUAAACUGGGUGAACUGACCAUGCAGCUGCAUCCAGUGGCAGACUCUUCUCCUGCAGGAGCCAAAUGGACCGACACGGAGAUUGAGAUGCUGCGUUCUGCAGUUCGCCGCUUCGGUGAAGAUUUGAACAGCAUCAGCUCAGUCAUAAAAGAGCGAACAGUUGCCCAGAUUAAGACUACAGUGAAAAGGAAGCUGUAUGAGGACAGCAGGGUACCUCUCACUGCAGAGUCGCCUUAAAAAACGAUGAAGAAAACCACAGUGACGCUACCGCCGCCUCCUGCAUCAGUCGCCCCCACUGUUAUCGCUGUGCCGACCUCACAGGUUGUUGUGACGACUGGAUUGCAGAGUUCUUCGUCUUUGCAACCAGCAAUAAAGAACCCUAAAACAUCAGAUGUGACUCUGAGUGCUUUGAAUGACUCUGAUGUGAACAGUGAUUUGGUGGAUAUUGAAGGGCUUGGAGAGGGUUCCACUAAAAAACCAAACUUUGACCAAGAGAGCUUGAAUCUGGACUCCAGUCUUAUAAUGAACUCCAGUGAUCUGCCUCUGCUGUCCCGCUGAUCUUCACCUGUCAGUCAAAGUGAUAUUCAGGUGCAACGGGGGGCAAAGAUGAUCGAGGGCAGCACAUGUAAAGAUUCUGCAGUUCGAUCACUGCUGUACACCUGUUACACCUUUUCAACUGUGGGUUCAAACAGCACCAGAUCAAACUUGUACUCUUAUUAUGCAGCAAAAAUGGAUAGUUUUGUAUAAAUGGGUAAAAAUGAGGAAGGGAUGUUUUGUGAUCUGGUUUGCCCACUGAAAAGGGGUUUACAGGACAGUGAAGCAAGGGUCAAACUACUUGUAAAAAUACUUACUUUUUUAUAUUGUUUGUUUGUUUGUUUUUAUUAUUAGGCCCUUUUGCCUGAAGUGAAGCUUUGUGAAGUGAAUUGAGGUGCUGCUUGUAAUGAAAAUGUGGCAGCACAAAAUCAAAAAUAGUUUUCUUUCACUGCCACUGUAUUUUAGGUCCAGCUUCUAUUGUAUGUAUAUAUAUUAUUUUUUACCAUUACAGAAUAAUUAAACAGGUCAUUUCAAAAGCAAAUGUCAGACAUGCCAGCUUAGAUUUUAAAUGAACAAAUCGCUUUGUCAUACAAUUCUUUUGGCUCAGCAUAAAAGAGACAUACAAAUCAAUAAAAUGAGUUUUUAUUAUGAUCUUUUUCAUAAGAAUAUAUGGUAUAAUAUACAGUUUAUGGUAAAUGAUAUUUCUUCUCUGAUAAUUGGACAUUCAUCUUGGGCGACUGAGAGGGAAUACCAAUAUGUUACCAAUAUGUCAAAAAAUAUCCAUCUUUCACUUAAUUUUUCUGGCUUCCAGAAUAUAUUUACAACUUGAACGACUGAUAGGCAAAAUCUAUCCGCUUUGGCAUUUCUUUAUAAUGUUUAUCGUGCGCUCACAAUCCAUUUUAGUUUUUAUUCACAACACCCCUCAAUCAUUUCAGUCUCUGACACACAGAUACAACAGAUCCUGUCAUAGUAAGUGUAUGGCAAAUCUGAAAAAUAAAUGACAUGGUACUUAUUCUAGAUGAUACACUAAUGAUUCAGAACAAACAGCUGUCAAGUCUUUCAUUCAGGUUCUUGAGAAAUACCUGGAACUGAUUAUCCCGAUGAACUUGACAUAGUAAUUCCAGCAACUUUAA